CACCUCUGGCCGGAUGGCGGCCAGGGCAGCCUGGGCAGCGGGCAUCCCAGAAAAGGGCGCAGACCAGCGCGGGCGCAGAGGGGCCCCCGGGUGACCGAGAUGGCCGCGCGGGAUCGGGCAGGCCUCGCCUCGCACCCGCUGGGGCCGGGACCCUGGCUCCCCGGUGCUGCCCGGCCGUGACCUUCCCGGGCCGCCGCUGCGCGCGGCCCUGUCCCGGGGCUGCCGGCCUCUGCGUGCGGCUCACGACCCUCUCCGCGCCCAGCGGCCGGCCCCGGGCGCCCGGCCGGGCCGCCUCCUCCGCGCGGUCCCGCUCGCUCCCGCCGGCCGCCAGGCCUCGGCCGGCUCCCGCCCUUCCUUGCGCCCCGGCCCGCGCGACCCCGGCCCGCGCUGCGGCUCCGGCCCUGGCCGGCAGGGGCCGCUCCUCGCGGCGCCCGGGGCCCCGCCGCGCCCGCCGCCGCCGCCCGCCUCCCCGCCCCUUCCCCGGCCGGCGCUCCCGUUUCGCCGCCGAGCCGGGAGCCGGAGCCGGAGCCCGCGGCGGCAGCGGGCGGCGGCGAGGGGGCGCCCGGCGGCGGCGGGCCUGCGGGGCCUGCGGGGCCUGCGGGCGGCGGGGCCCGGCCAGGCCGCGAUGGCGACCAAGAAGGCGGGCUCGCGGCUGGAGACGGAGAUCGAGCGCUGCCGCUCCGAGUGCCAGUGGGAGCGGAUCCCCGAGCUCGUCAAGCAGCUGUCGGCCAAGCUCAUCGCCAACGAUGACAUGGCAGAACUCCUCCUGGGAGAGUCCAAGCUGGAGCAGUACCUGAAGGAACACCCGCUGAGGCAGGGGGCCAGUCCCCGAGGCCCCAGGCCCCAGCUGACCGAGGUCCGAAAGCACCUGACCGCCGCCCUGGACAGAGGGAACCUCAAGUCAGAAUUCCUACAAGAGUCCAAUCUGAUCAUGGCCAAGCUGAAUUAUGUGGAAGGAGAUUAUAAAGAAGCUCUGAACAUUUAUGCCCGGGCGGGCCUUGAUGACCUACCACUGACAGCUGUCCCUCCAUACAGGCUGCGGAUGAUUGCAGAAUCCUACGCGACCAAAGGACUCUGUUUAGAGAAGCUGCCCAUUUCAUCUUCUACCAGUAAUCUCCACAUGGACCGGGAACAGGAUGUUAUCACCUGUUAUGAGAAAGCCGGGGACAUCGCCCUCUUGUACCUCCAGGAGAUAGAAAGGGUGAUACUCACUAACAUCCAAAACAGGAGUCCUAAGCCCGGCCCUGCUCCCCACGAUCAAGAACUAGGUUUUUUCCUAGAAACAGGACUUCAGAGAGCCCAUGUCCUCUAUUUCAAAAAUGGGAACUUGACGAGAGGAGUCGGGAGAUUUAGGGAGCUCCUCAGAGCAGUGGAAACAAGAACAACACAAAACCUGCGAAUGACCAUAGCCAGGCAGCUGGCGGAGAUCUUGUUGCGAGGUAUGUGCGAGCAGAGCUACUGGAACCCCCUGGAGGACCCUCCGUGCCAGUCACCCCUGGACGAUCCUCUCCGGAAAGGAGCAAAUGCCAAGACCUACACCCUCACCCGCCGGGCCCGCGUCUACUCAGGAGAGAACAUUUUUUGUCCUCAAGAAAAUACCGAAGAGGCCCUGUUGCUACUGCUGAUUAGUGAAUCAAUGGCCAACCGGGAUGCUGUGCUGAGCAGGACGCCUGAGCACAGGAGCGACCGCCUCAUCAGCUUGCAGAGUGCAUCUGUGGUCUAUGACUUGCUGACCAUCGCUCUUGGAAGAAGAGGCCAGUAUGAGAUGCUGUCGGAGUGCUUAGAAAGAGCCAUGAAGUUUGCCUUUGAGGAGUUCCACCUCUGGUACCAGUUUGCUCUGUCCCUGAUGGCUGCCGGAAAAAAGAAAUCUCCUCUCACCAAGUCUGCUCGAGCCGUGAAGGUGCUGAAAGAGUGUAUCCGCCUCAAGCCCGACGACGCCACCAUCCCGCUCCUCGCCGCCAAGCUGUGCAUGGGCUCCCUUCAUUGGUUGGAAGAGGCUGAGAAGUUUGCCAAAACAGUCGUUGAUGUGGGAGAGAAAACGUCAGAGUUCAAGGCCAAAGGCUACUUGGCUCUGGGGCUCACGUACAGUCUGCAGGCCACUGAUGCUUCUUUGCGAGGGAUGCAGGAGGUCCUACAGAGAAAGGCGCUUCUUGCAUUUCAGAGGGCCCACAGCCUGUCACCUACUGAUCACCAAGCAGCUUUCUACCUGGCUCUGCAGCUUGCCAUCUCCAGACAGAUACCAGAGGCUCUAGGGUACGUCCGCCAAGCUCUUCAACUGCAAGGCGAUGAUGCCAACUCCCUGCACCUCCUUGCCCUCUUAUUGUCAGCACAAAAGCAUUACCAUGACGCUCUCAACAUCAUUGACAUGGCCCUGAGCGAAUACCCUGAGAAUUUUAUACUACUGUUUUCCAAAGUGAAGUUGGAGUCCCUCUGCCGGGGCCCAGAUGAGGCGCUGCUCACCUGUAAGCACAUGUUACAGAUAUGGAAAUCCUGCUACAACCUGACCAAUCCCAGUGACUCUGGACGUGGGAGCAGCCUCUUAGAUAGAACCAUCGCUGACAGACGACAGCUUAAUACAAUCACUUUGCCAGACUUCAGUGAUCCUGAGACAGUGUCAGAGUGCUCCUCCUCCUCCUCCUCUCUUUCAAGAACCGAAUCUCCUCUCCACCUGUUUGUAUCUUCUCGUCUCCAUUCUCAUCCCAAACCUGAUACCUUUGUGUGGCCCCCUGCACCUCAUUCAUUCAGUGACUCAGGUCCCCGCCGGGAACCCUCUCUCUGCAACUCUCCAGAAGCAUACUUUCAUGGCUUUCCCUCCCUUUUUUCAGUUAGCUCCGUCCACGCCACGUCAGUAGCAGCCUCAAGAGUGGAGCAGGCACUGUCGGAAGUGGCCUCGUCCCUGCAGAGCAGCGCCCCCAAGCAGGGCCCACUACACCCCUGGAUGACGUUGGCACAGAUCUGGCUCCACGCAGCUGAAGUCUACAUUGGCCUUGGGAAGCCAGCAGAAGCCACAGCCUGUACCCAAGAAGCUGCCAACCUCUUCCCAAUGUCCCACAACGUCCUGUACAUGCGGGGCCAGGUCGCCGAGCUCCGGGGGAACAUGGAUGAAGCGCGGCGGUGGUAUGAAGAAGCCUUGUCCAUCAGCCCCACCCACGUGAAGAGCAUGCAGCGGCUGGCGCUGAUCCUUCACCAGCUGGGCCGCUACAGUCUGGCCGAGAAGAUCCUCCGGGACGCGGUGCAGGUGAACUCGACGGCCCACGAGGUGUGGAACGGGCUGGGCGAGGUCCUCCAAGCCCAGGGCAACGACGCCGCGGCCACCGAGUGCUUCCUGACGGCCCUGGAGCUGGAGGCCAGCAGCCCCGCCGUGCCCUUCACCAUCAUCCCCCGCGUGCUCUGAGCGGGCACCUGCCUCGCCUGCCGCGCAGGCCGAGGACGCCCUGCCUGGGCCCCGGGUCAUCCUGUGUCCCCAGGGAUGACUCGGCCGCCCCAAGGCCCCAGGGAAGGUCCCACUGACCGCAGUGAGCUAACCACCCAGCCCGAACCACCGCCCGCGCCUCGCGUUCCUCCGCUGCUCCGCCAGCUCCGUGGCAGUCUCUGAACCACACACGUCCUUCACGAUGGAUUAUGUGCCAUAUCUGGUUAGUUGACAUCUGAGUCUAAGUGAAAUGAUCAUGGAGUUAAUCAGCAAAUAUAGAAGAACAUGUCCCAAGUUCAGAUCCAGUGGCAGAACAGGUUGUUGUUACCCGAGCUGUAAAGAAAACAGCUGUCUGUCCUCUGCUCGCCCCACCGUGGCCCAGAACCAAAUGUGAAUUUCUGUUUCCCACCUCAGCACCAGUCCACGCUGGGACACCAGCUGGCAGUCUCUUGGUUUAUUGUCGAUAAUUGUACCCUGUGAAGAGUUACUGUUCUCCUCACUUAGAACAAAGCCUGAGUCCAAGAAUAUUUAUAUUUUACCAAUAUAUGCCUGUUACAAGAGAAGGAAAUAUGAGUUAUUUAAGUUUAACUUUUUUAUGUGAAUUCAGAGUUUAUUUAUCGAUGGAAAUAUGUACAAAGAAGCUUCAAAUGGAAUAUUUACCGACAUUCCUUAUACAUGACAGACACUUGGCUAAAUGGGAAGAUGAUGUUAAUAAAAAAAUGAUUUUUAAAUGGA